UUGAAGCAGAACCCUCUCCCCCUAUAUCAGCCUCCCUCCUUUCGCAGAAGCAGCAACAAGAAGCUGACCCUUUCCCUCUCUCUCUUCUUCCGUUGCCACUUAGCUUCUGCUCGCCCCUCCCCCCUCUGUCCAUCUCUCCUCAAGCUUUGGACCCAAAUGGCUCAUGAGAUGGUUGGUUUCUUCGGCCCUGCUCCGCCGGCGGCGGCUUUCGCUCCGUUGCAGGAGGAGCAGCAGGUUCUUGCGGAGGAGGGGUACCACGGCUAUGUGGAGGAGGUGGAGGAGGGCGGCGGCCAUGGCCACGGUGGCAGCGGGCAGGGGAAGCUGUGCUCGAGGGGUCACUGGCGCCCCGCCGAGGACGCCAAGCUCAAGGAGCUCGUCGCGCAGUACGGCCCUCAGAACUGGAACCUCAUCGCCGAGAAGCUCGACGGCAGAUCAGGGAAGAGCUGCCGGCUGCGGUGGUUCAAUCAGCUGGACCCGCGGAUCAACCGGCGGGCGUUCUCGGAGGAGGAGGAGGAGCGGCUGAUGGCGGCGCACCGCGCCUACGGCAACAAGUGGGCGCUCAUCGCGCGCCUCUUCCCCGGCCGCACCGACAACGCCGUCAAGAACCACUGGCACGUCCUUAUGGCGCGCAAGCAGCGCGAGCAGUCCGGCGCGCUCCGCCGCCGCAAGCCCUCCUCGGCAUCGUCCUCCUCGUUGGCCCCCGCCCCGACGCACUUCGUGCCCGCCGUCCACCAUCACCACCACCACUACGGUUCCCGGCCCCUGCCGUUCCACGCCGGCGGCGGGGCGCACGUGCAGCACGGCGUUCCCCCGGAGGCGGCGACGGCCACCUGCGCGUACAGCGGCGGGGAGUCCGACGAGUCCGCGUCCACCUGCACCACUGACCUCUCCCUCGGCUCCUCCUCCGGCUUCUACCAGCGCUACGACAUAGUCCCUCCGCGCGCCGCCGCGCCCGUGCCGGCCGCGUUCGCGCCGAGCGCGCGCUCCGCCUUCUCCGCCCCGUCGUCGGCGCGCCACCUGGCGUCAGCCUCCGAACACGGCGGCGACAAGCGCGCCAUGCGCUUCUUCGAUUUCCUCGGAGUCGGCGCGGCAUGACCGGAGUCUUGACGGUGGUGUACAGGGGGAGGUCAAAGAUCAAAGCCCCGGUGAUCAAGGUGAAACCGAGCUUAGCUUAGCUGAGCUUAGAGUUAAUCAUCAAGAACGACACUGGAAGCGGAGAAGAAUGGUGAGGGUGUGAGGAUGAGACAUUGUUGGCACACGUCAGUUUUGCUGCUGCUCUACCAUUGCUGGGAGUUGCAACCAACAAGCAGGUGAGAUGAAUGGAUGGAUGGAAAAGAAACAACUUGGAACACAAACUGCAAGGCAAAGACAGAUGAGAUACUCCGCCUCUUUCUUUACCCUGUAUGUGUGUGAGUGUGUCUCUCUGCCCCCCUUUUCAUGCUCUGUUCUGUUCUAUAUUUUUUUCUCUUUCUUUUUUCCCUUCUCUUCCCUUUGUAUGAUGAAGAAGUAGAAAGAAAACAAGGAACCAAUUCCCCUUGCAAGAACAACCGGUUGCAAGAUGCAAACUUGCAGUUGAAAUGCAUCAGCGUCGAUCUGUCUCGU